UCCUUACCCAAAUAAUUGGGACCCUAAUAUCAAAAUAAGAACAGAAAACCCUCACCCCCUAAACCCUUUUCCUCUAUUUACUAAUUCCCAAUUUAUUUCACCCUUCCGUUUCAGACUCGCGAUUGUGAUAUUUUCUUCGUUCCUUUGACUCGUUGCGUGCUCGCUCGGCGGUUCUCGUCGUUCCACUGAAGGGUUCCAUUUCAGUCAUAUAAUCUGUGCGUGAAAAUAGACUGUGCCAAUCAUGCAGAGCUCUCAGCAAUGGGUCGAGAAAUACCGACCGAGGCAAGUGAAAGAUGUUGCGUACCAAGAGGAAGUUAUUCGAGUUCUAACAAAUACACUUGAAACUGGAAGUUGCCCCCACAUGCUCUUCUAUGGUCCUCCCGGCACUGGAAAAACAACUACUGCCCUUGCAAUUGCCCGUCAGCUUUUCGGGCCUGAGCUCUACAAGUCUAGGGUGCUGGAGCUGAAUGCAAGUGAUGAUAGAGGGAUUAAUGUUGUUCGUACAAAAAUAAAAGAUUUUGCUGCUGUGGCUGUUGGUACUUCUAAGCGUAAGAAUGGUUAUCUUUGUCCUCCAUUUAAGAUUAUUGUUCUAGAUGAGGCUGAUUCAAUGACAGAAGAUGCUCAGAAUGCCCUGAGGCGUACAAUGGAAACGUACUCUAAAGUUACAAGGUUCUUUUUUAUAUGCAACUAUGUGAGCAGGAUUAUAGAACCGCUUGCUUCAAGGUGUGCAAAAUUCAGGUUCAAGCCAUUGUCAGAAGUAAUCAUGAGCAGCCGGAUAUUGUACAUAUGCAAAGAAGAGGGACUCUAUCUUGAUACUGCGGCUCUUUCAACCCUUAGUUCUAUUUCUCAUGGAGAUCUUCGCCGGGCAAUCACAUACUUGCAGUCUGCAGCUCGCUUAUUUGGAUCUUCAAUUUCUUCAGAGAAUCUGAUUUCUGUGUCUGGGGUUGUUCCAGAAAAAGUUGUGGAGGCAGUUCUUCAAGCUUGCAGAAGUGGUAAUUUUGAUUUCGCAAACAAGGAAGUCAACAAUUUCAUUGCAGAGGGAUAUCCAGCUUCUCAAAUGCUUACUCAGUUAUUUGAAGCCAUUGUUGAAGAAAAUGAUCUAUCAGAUGAACAGAAAGCAAGAAUAUCCAAGAAGCUGGGUGAAGCUGAUAAGUGUCUAGUUGACGGUGCUGAUGAAUACUUGCAACUUCUUGCUGUGGUCAGCAAUACAAUGAAGGCUUUUAGCAACAUCCCAGAAGAAUUUGCUUACGAGUGUUAGAUAUUAGAUAGUCAGCAUAUCGGAAGGAUCAAUUAUUCUGCUAUAAAGAAAAAGAAACAUGUUUAGUUGAGAUUUGGUGUCCGUUGUUAACUAUUAUGUGAAUUGGACUGUGAAAAUCCGGAGUGGAUUACUAGACAGUAGCUUGGACAUUCUUGAGUACAAAAUUGACGCGGCAGAAGAUAAAACGAAUACAUAGCGUAUCAAUUUUCUGUUUUUGCACUUAAAUAUUUAAAGCAGUUAAAGCACUUCAUUUCCGUCUCA